AUGGUGUCACCAUCCAGGAGAAUCAAACGGUUCGAUUUGCGGAACAAACUUAAUCCGCAGUUUGUUGGACCGUUUGAGAUCCUGGAGCGAGUUGGUCCGGUGGCGUGCAGGUUGGCUCUUCCUCCGAGUCUCGUCCAGGUGCAUAAUGUGUUUCAUAUGUCCAUACUUCGAAAGUACAUCCCAGAUUCAUCCCACGUCAUCAGUCCGACGACUAUCCAGCUGCAGGAGGAUCUGAGUUAUGAUAAGGCUCUGAUGCGGAUAUUGGCACGUGAGGAGGAGUUCGAUGUUUAUGAGAAUAGUGACAGUUGGUUUUUUACGUUGCAAUUUCUGAAGAGGAGGAGCCGAAUCAUGGAGAUCUUAGCCGCGAAGGGCAUCAUAUUUGUUCUCACUGUGCGUGGCCUCGGUGCUGCAUUUUGCCGAACAAAGAAUAAAUGUAUAUGCUUACUAAAUGUAGAAGAGGACGAAGUUAUUGAGAGUUUGUUUUAUAAAAAGGAUGACGAAUCACUUGUCACUUUGUCCCUCCAUGCUUCGGACAAUUCCAAUUCCUGGAAAUGCAGGACAAUUCCAAUAGAGUCUAUUAGAAAGAAUCAACUAAGGGCAAGGUACCAACUGUUUGAAACGGAAUCCGGUGAUACUAUCGAAUUUGAUGUUGUCAACAACAAAGCACUUAUUUAUUCAGCGCGCAAUCAUCUCUACGACUUGUUUGACAUGAAGGACUACAGCUUCAAGUAUUCCAUCAACGAAGGAAAUAUUACGGAAAUAAAAAUAAGCCCAGGAAUACUGCUCCUGAAACACCAGAGGAACAACUGGGCGGGCUAUGUUCCACUAGAAAUGCUGUCGGUUGAAGACGGAACGUUGUUGAAAUCUUUUAAAACGCAAUCGUACCGUAACAAACAAGUUUCUUUCAUGGAGCUGUUUGGUGAGAAGCUUCUCGUUAAGCAAGAGAAUGAGAAUCUACAAAUUGUUGAUGUGAGGACCUCAGAAUUAAUCGAAGUCGUCGACACCGAGUUCUUCAACCCUUCGGCGCUCAUCUUUCUAUACCGAAAGAACCUCUUCAUGUGUUUCCAAGGAACGAAGCUGGAAGUUUGGAGCUUCCAUGGAGAACUUUUUACCUCCUUUGAAGACAACACACUGCAGCAUGGUAUCGUUAACAGUAAUAACAUAUAUAUCACCGAUGAUCAAGAGAUUAUAAUCUCCUACUGCAAGGUGGGAGAAGAAUCCUAUAAUGAGGAAGAAGAAUUUGCAGAUACACCUGGAUCGAUUAACAUGAGCAGCAUAUUCACUGGAAAGUGUGUGGCAAAGAUCUCCCCCCUCGAUCCUACACUCCAGAUCGCUGAUCGCAAUGCGGACAAAACGAACCGAUCUACCGUUCGGAGCACUCCUCAAAGAGCCCUCAAAAAUAUCACAGCUAUAUAUUAUGACGAAGAACGGAACGAGAUCUAUACCGGUAACACGGAGGGCUUCAUCCACGUUUGGUCUAAUUAAUACAAACAGGGCAUCUUCAUCAGCAUGUACC